AUGUCUGGACGAUACUCUUUACGGCAGACCCCCAAAAAGACCGACCACCUUGGCCUCGUACAGACGCCAGGUACACGCCGCCCAUACCGUCGCAAGUCCCAAUUCCCCGAAGACUACGACGACGAGUCUAGUUCUGCGACAGACAAUCCCUCACAGAAACCCCCCUCGACACAGACUCUGCGACGGAAGAAAAGCAUGGUAGAGAAGGCGACCACGAAUGGAUUUGCGCUGGAUGGUUCGGUCGAUAGUAAUGGAUCGGUAACAAAUGGACAUGCUUUGAAUGGUAAUGGCGUAAAGACAAAUGGAUCUGCGCUGGAAAUUGCGGUCGACAACAAUGGGUCGGUAUUAAAUGGACACGCUUCAAACGGCAAUGGUGUGACGACCAAUGGCUCUGCAAAGACAAAGGCUGAGGCUAUCGACGGCUGGGUGGUUGGAACAGACCCCAAGAUCGACUCCAGUGGACACUUCGACUUCGGGGGGUCUCUCGGUGUCACUAUGAUGAUGAUUGGAUUUCCAACGCUUAUGUACUAUAUGUGGAUUGGUGCGACGUUUUACGAGGGCAAAUUUCCCACACCAGAGCCGGGCCAGAGCUAUACGGAUUUCUUCAAACAUCUGGGAAACUUGAUCUAUGAAGAAGCCUACCCGUCCCUAUACGCGUGGGAGAUUUACUGGGCAUUCUUCAUCUUCGAAGGUGCUUGCUAUUGCCUUCUCCCCGGAGUUUACACCUAUGGCAAACCUCUAGCACACGAAGGAGGGAAGCAAUUGAAAUACUACUGCUCGGCGGUAUGGUCUUUCUACACUACGAUUGUGCUUGCGGGAGUCUUACACUACACCGGUAUUUUCCCACUGUAUAACAUCAUCGAUGAGUUCGGACCCCUGAUGUCUGUUGCAAUCUGCUCCGGGUACUUGGUAGCAAUUAUUGCAUACUUCUCAGCUCUUGCUAGAGGUGCCCAGCAUCGCAUGACGGGCUACCCGCUUUAUGACUUCUUCAUGGGCGCGGAGCUGAACCCUCGAUUGUUUGGCGUCUUGGAUUUCAAGAUGUUCUUCGAGGUGCGCCUUCCUUGGUAUAUUCUCUUCGGACUUACCUGUGGAACGGCUGCUCGUCAAUAUGAGCAAUUUGGAUAUGUUUCCGCCGAAGUUUGCUUCUUGGUUAUGGCCCACUUUUUGUACGCCAAUGCCUGCUCCAAGGGUGAAGAAUGCAUCACUACGACUUGGGAUAUGUAUUAUGAGAAAUGGGGAUUUAUGCUCAUCUUCUGGAAUUUGGCUGGUGUUCCUCUGAGCUACUGCCACUGCACACUAUACCUUGCUAAUCAUGCACCUUCAACCUACCACUGGGGUCCCUAUGUUAUGGCCCCUCUUUUUAUUUCAUAUCUGUUUAUGUACUGGAUCUGGGAUACGACCAAUUCGCAAAAGAACCGAUUCAGAGCCCAAGAACGUGGAACUCUGGUCGAGCGCAAGACGUUCCCUCAACUUCCAUGGCAAACUGUCAAGAAUCCCCGCACCAUCAAGACUAAGACUGGCGACUCUAUCCUCGUUGAUGGCUGGUAUGGCUAUGCUCGCAAGAUCCACUACACCUGUGACUUGUACUUUGCGCUUACCUGGGGUCUUGUCACCGGUUUCAACAGCCCCUUCCCAUGGUUUUAUCCUGUAUUCUUCGCAUCCAUGAUCGUGCAUAGGGCUUACCGAGACAUCCAGAGGUGCAAGGUUAAGUAUGGUGAGAGCUGGGAUGAAUACACAAAGCUGGUGCCUUACCUAUUUAUUCCUUAUGUCAUCUAG